CAUAAGCAGCAGACAUUCCUCCCGUAGCUGAAAGUGAGUGAGUGUGGAGGGACAUGAUAGCGACUGUCCGAGCUGCUCUUCCCCGCAUACAGCAUGGGCUCCACCGCCCAGAUCAGCCACAGCAGAGCUCCAGCCCCGCCGCGAUCCCCUGGACUUGUUUUUGUGUCGUAGAUCGGUUGUGUCGUUGAGAUGUUUGAAGUGUAAAAUGUGGGAUAUUGUGCUAUGGACUCGGGACAAGAUGGCAGCAGUAUGAGGCACACACAUCUACAUGCUGUGAGUUCACUUGAAGUGUGUAAAAUGAUCGAAGAAGACCUGGAUUAUAUCUACUGUUACUUCGUGUGAAAGGUAUGGCCUCACAAGUUUUGGUCUACCCACCAAAUGUUUUUCAAACUCAGACAAGUGCCUUUUGUAGUGUGAAGAAACUUAAAGUCGAGCCCAGAAACUGUGUUUACCAUGAGAGGGCCUACCCACAGACUUACUUGAAUGGUAGAACCCUUGGCAUUGCGUACCCGACGAAACUUACUGCUUCGUUCAAGACUCGAGAUUUCGUGGUCGGCAGAAACCGAGAGCAGGAUUUUACGUUGCAGACGGCCGCUGUACGAGGCGUGCGGCGACAGCAUACCACCGCACAGGCACCACAGCAGAAAGAGGGCGUGUCCUCUCAGGGCAAGUGGGCAGGGCAACAGGAUAAAGGAAGUGUUUGCCGCAGUGGAGCUACAGGGGCAGCCGGAAGGGGUUGGGGAGAGGGAAGCGACAGUCAAGAAGGGGGAGGAGGAGGUGAAGAAAAGGGGGGUGGAGGUGAGGAAGAGGGUGACGGUGAAGAUUGUGGAGGUUUUAACUUGCGAGACUGCUCCAACAGAUGCGGGCAGAAACGUAAGAGCGAGGAGCUUGAGAACUUGGGGAGCGCCAUGCAGAUUGUGGAGGACCCAUCAAUGUUGCCUGCGAUGUUGCAAUCGAACGUGGGAAACCCGCCGGCUGCUGUCCCGGCUGCAGGCGGAGGGACUGCGAAGCAAACAGGAGGUUCUGGAAGUGGGGAUGGUGACUACCAGCUGGUGCAACACGAGCUGCUCUGCUCGUUGAAGAACACCUAUGAGGUUUUAGACUUCCUGGGCCGCGGUACCUUCGGUCAGGUCGUGAAAUGUUGGAAACGGGGCACCAAUGACAUAGUGGCGGUAAAGAUCCUGAAGAAUCACCCAUCGUACGCUCGGCAGGGCCAGAUCGAGGUGGGCAUCUUGGCCCGCCUCAGUGGCGAGAACGCAGACGAGCACAAUCUGGUACGAGCUUUCGAGUGUUUUCAGCACCGCAGCCACACUUGUCUCGUGUUUGAGAUGCUGGAGCAGAACCUGUACGACUUCCUAAAGCAAAACAAAUUCAGCCCUUUACCUCUGAAGGUCAUCCGCCCCAUACUUCAGCAGGUGGCUGCGGCGCUGAAAAAGUUGAAGUCCAUGGGAUUGAUUCAUGCUGACCUGAAGCCUGAGAACAUCAUGUUGGUGGACCCGGUACGGCAACCCUACAAGGUUAAAGUCAUAGACUUUGGCUCAGCAAGUCACGUCUCUAAAGCAGUCUGCUCUACGUACCUUCAGUCACGGUACUACAGGGCACCAGAGAUCAUUCUUGGCCUGCCUUUUUGUGAAGCCAUAGACAUGUGGUCGCUGGGAUGUGUGAUUGCUGAGCUCUUUUUGGGAUGGCCUCUCUACCCAGGAGCCCUCGAGUAUGAUCAGAUUCGCUUCAUUUCUCAGACACAGGGUCUGCCAGGGGAGCAUCUGUUAAAUGUUGGGACGAAGACGUCACGGUUCUUUUGCCGCGAGUCGGACUCACCGUAUGCGGCCUGGAGACUGAAAUCCACAGAAGAACAUGAGACAGAGACGGGGCUCAAGUCAAAAGAAGCCAGGAAGUAUAUCUUCAGCAGUUUGGAUGACAUAGCGCAUGUGAAUCUAGUGAUGAAUCUUGAAGGCUGUGAUUUAUUGGCAGAGAAGGUGGACCGUGCAGAGUUUGUAGGUUUGCUGAAGAAGAUGUUGUUGAUAGACGCAGAGGAAAGAAUCGCCCCGAGUGACGCCCUCAGCCAUCCCUUUGUCACAAUGCAGCACCUGUUGGAUUUCCCCCACAGCAACCAUGUUAAAUCGGGUUUUCAUAUUAUGGAUAUGUGCUGCUCACGGCCAGCCGGUUACGAGUCUCUCAGUCGGAGCAAGCCUCCGUUUGUCAGGACGGCCCCGAGCGCCAACGCAGCUCCCGGCCUCACGCUGCCCUUCUGCAAGAUGAGCGGCAUUCACACUCAGGCAUUGGCAUCAUCUGCCCCCUCUGUGAUGCAUCCUGGGAUACCCCUCCAGACAGGAAGUGCUCAGUUUAGUGACUCGUUCCAGCAGGCAUUGAUCCUCUGUCCCCCUAACCUACAAGGUCUCCCUCCCAACCCAAAUAAGCCAGCAGGUUUUCCAGUGUGCAUAGAGAACACCGUACCAUUGGUGACGCAAGCUUCAACCAUCCAACCUCUACAGAUUAGACCAGGAGUUAUAACGCAGCAAACGUGGUCUAAUCAUGCCCAGCAGAUCCUGGUGCCCGCCUGGCCUCAGGUGACACCCGUUGCCCCCUCAGCAGCCACACUGGCUUCAGAUACAGUGGCAGGUCCACAAAGACUGGCAGACUGGGGGUGUGUGAAACGAAAUGCUCCUAAGUUGUAUUUACUGAAAGUUCAUUCUCACGGUAACCAUUACGGCUCAAUGAUGCCCCACCAUCAGCCACUGUUAACCAACCCAAUGGCCAUGUCAGCUCACCAGCCAAUCAGCAUAGGGAUUGCUCAUGUGGUGUGGCCACAGCCAGCAGCUAACAAAAGAAAUAAAGCAUCUUUAAACAGAAGUAACAACUUCAUGCACAACACAAACUCACAAAAUUUAGCAAGCCGGUCCCCAAAGAUGGUAGAUGGUGCCAAAAACACAGAGGAGGAGGCGGGGUGUGUUGUUGAGGUGGUGCCGGAGGAGGAGCCUGUGUGCUGUAAGGCAGAGCCAGAGUACCAGGACUCAUGUGUGUCGCAGAAACAGAGAGAUACCAUUGUGAUCGCUGACUCUACGAGCCCAGCAGGAAGUGUGAUCAGUAUCAGCAGUGGAUCAGAUGAGGAAGAGCCUGAGACUCAGAAACACUCAAAACUGGAGUGUAAGGGUAGUCCAGAGUGUGAGGCGUGUCAGAGCACACUGAAAAUGGAGCGAGUUUGUUCGUUGAGCAGUCCUGAUUCAACCCUGAGCACAAGUUCAUCUGCAUCAGAACAGUCCAGCGCUUCACCCUGCAAGAGACCCAACAGUAUGUCGGAUGAUGAGCGGGAAAGUGGAUGUGACACGGUGGACGGCUCACCAGCCUCUGUUUCCUCCAGUCACGCUGACAGCCCCUUCCUACAGGACACUUACAUUAAUAACAACAACCAGAACUGUAAAGAGGGGAGUGUGAAGACCGAGUCCGUCAAGCUGCCCGUCCGCACCAUGGUGGUGCCGCCCAUGAGGGUCCCACAAAAUGAACCAAUGGGCCGCACAGUUGUAGACUCAUGCCCACCCAAAGGCCGCAGUGGAUCCAUCAGACAGCCACCUUAUUCCACGUUACUGCUGACCCGGCAACAAAAAACCACACCGGCUUUCCCGCCCCUUCAUCACCAACAGCAGCUCAGUUUUGGACAGGUCCAGCAUUUUGGCUCCUCCCAUCAGGAAUGGAAUGGCAACUACAGCCACCGCAGGCCACAGGCGUUUAUCCCGCCCACCGUGCAUGGCCACACCUUUACUCUUCCUCAUGGCAGCCCCACCCACACUACGGCCCACCCUCCUCAGUCCCACCUGGGUGUCCGCCACCACCAGCCCACUUUAAUUUCCUACCCCCCUUCAGGCCCCCUGGUGACAAACGCCCCUAUGGCCCACCUCCUGGCUUCCCCCGGGGCUACACGGACUCACGUCUUUCAACCGCCUUAUGGCCUCUCCCAUCCGGCGGGCCACCUCGUGCACCAGGUCACCGUGGGGCUCAACCCUCGUCUUUUGCCCUCUCCCACCCUCCACCCUCAGGGUCAAUUCAAAACCCUCUUCCCCCCGCACUCCUUCAUCGCGUCGCCUGCGUACGCAAGCUUUCCUCUCAGUCCCACCAAGAUAAAUCAGUACCCCUACGUCUGAGACUCGCUCCGCAACCCUCGCGAGUCCGGAAGGCCACGGGUUCUAUGUACCGACCACCCACAACCCGGUAUCGUACCCAAAGCCAUGGCUCAAAAGGGAAAGCGAGCAAUUUUCCAAAUCACGUAGACUCGAGUGCAAUUAAAAUGAGCUUUAAAAAAGAAAAUGUUUAGCAAGUAGAUAAAAGAAAACGCUUCAGGUUGAAAAGAAUUUCAGAUAAAUGAAACUGUUUUGCACAUGCGACGCAUCACUUUAUUAACAGAUUUGAAAUGAGCGCUCCUCCUAACGAAUAUAUAGACAACGGGUGGUGUCCAAAAUCAUGUGAUGGUCAACUUAUUUUUAUACAUUGCCUUUUACCUUGUAUAAGACACAUCUUCGUAAAGAGAGCCUGAUAUAGUGUUCCCGACUGUCCACCUGCUGUUUCCGAGUGUUUGUACCUUUUUUUGUCUGUGGUGUUUUUCACCUAAAGGGUCGUUCGUCACUCUCUGCAUGUGUUGCAUGAGCUGCAAUGUUGAUAGGAAAGCCCAGAGGUUCGCCGCAUUGUUGUCCCAGCCAUAGUGCCUUAUAUAUUUCGGCAGUUGUUUGUGUAAACUCUACACUAUCACUCUCUCUGUGUGUGUGUGUGUGUGUGUGUGUGUGUGUAUAAAGUGUCCCGGACUGCGGAUUCAGUUUUCGUGUUUUUUAAGUGUGUGUACGUGUAAUGUAUUCACACACAGGUGUAUUAUUUCAUGAAUAGAUAGGCAUCAGUGUGCCGCAGUGCUUAUUUUUGGAUCCACUGUAUAUUUGAGAUGUAGUGAGUUAUAUUUCAUUACCCGAGCGAUCGGACGACGGCAUGCUUUUGCUGCAGCGACAGCUGCUGUUUGUUUUAUCGUUUUCUUAUUUUUUUGGUUACUUUGGAUUAGUUAGUCAUCAUGUAAUGAAUUCAUUGAAUACUGCUUUGAAUCAAUUACUAUUCAGAAAAAUCUACGAUACUAACAGUGUUUGUACUGUUACUGCAAUACAAUCUAAAUAGUAAAGGUUUGUUUUUCUUUUGGUCUGUGUGUUUUAGUUGUGUGUGUGCGUGUGUGUUGUGCGGUGGCCAUGGCUUCGACUAGAUUAUGACAUGAAUGCAAAUCGGUCUUUGAUUCAGGUUAAAGGAUUCAACUUCGCCUGAGUAGACCAAUGCAGUAUUUGGUGUAUAGACACGUACGCAUAUGAAUAUAAAUUUCUAUAUAUAUACACACAUAUUGAAGUGGUUUAUUUAGUGCUGAAGCUUGACAAGGUGUGUUUAAAGUGUGCAAUCCUCAUUUAAUAUGCAUGUGUGAACUGAUUUAACUGUUCUUCUUAAUUAUACUGUUGAAAUAUGUAUGUGUUAAUGUAGGUGUUAACUGCAUUUUAUACAUUCCGUCAGGGAGAAAUAAAUAUAUCUAUGUAUGUGUAUAUAUAUAUAUGCCACGUGCAUUUCUGUUUUCAAUUUGUUCUGCUUGAUUUGUUGUGUUUUCGUCUUUUAAAUGAAGUUGUUAGUGCACCACCAAAGACUGUAACUCAUCUGCUCUGUUAUAAAACCUAGUGAGCUGCCUUUGUAAGUAGUGGUCGAUCGUUAAUGGCCGAUACAAAUAUUAAUAAAGCAGAUUAGCUGAUAUGAGGCUGAUAUAACACAAAUUUAAUUAUAGUAAAUGAGAGAGAAACUGAGCACAGGUGAAACAAAAUUAAAAUUUAUUGUGCCUGAUAUUUACUAGUAUAUCCCCGUAUGCAGGAUUCACACCAAACGCGGCAGAGGCAGCAAAAACACGUUAUUUGUGCAUAGUUGAACGCUUAAUCAUUUUGAGUUUACUCGCUUCAUUCGCGCUUGAAAGCCGAGAGGUGAAAUUCUAGUCAUUCGAGAAAUUCACGCGGAAUUCGCGUCAUGGGGAGGGGCUUCUGUGACUUUGCUCACUUCCUAUAAUCACGUAACUGCUAGAGCAAGCUCCUGAUUGGUUAGCGCGGCGUGAUUUUCCGCCAAAGUUCAGUUUUUUCAACUUGCGUGUUUUUCGAGGCAACGCUCAAUUUGCGUCAGCAGCGCAAAAACACCUCAUUCGCGUCGCGACACAUCCAUGCGUUAACGCAUCUUUACAUUGACUUAACAUUGAAAUAAUUUGCGCCAGACGUUCUAUUUGCGUUUGGUGUGAACGCAGCAUAAUACUGCAGGGCUCCAGACUAACUUUUUUUCACUAGGAGCACAGUGGCCCCAACUGAAAAUUUUAGGGGCGCCACCAGAAAAUUUAGGGGCACACACCGUAAAUCAACAUCCUAACCAAAUAUUCUCAUUUCUACACUGUAUUACUAAUAAAUACUGAUUAUAUAUAUGAUGAUAGAUGCAGAAAGUACAAUGUACAAUGUUUUAAAUUCAGUGUCCCAUCACAAAAAAAGGUCAAAUUUACUGGUCGCACAUGUGCGACUGGAUGUAAAAUUCAGUGGCACACUCUCAGAUUUUGGUGGCAAAAUGCGACCAUUUGGUAGCAGUCUGGAGCCCUGUGAAAGUUGGAAUAGUUUUUUCAACUUAAAGGUGUAUUGUGUAACUUCCUGUAAUCACGUCACUACUAGAGCAAGCUCCUGAUUGCUUAGCAUGGCAUGAUUUUCUGCCAGAUUUUUCAACUCGCGCGUUUUCCGUGGCAACGCUCAAUUCGCGUCAGCCGCGCUUAAUAGCCUCAUUCACGUUGCGAGACCUCCAUGUGUAAACGCAUCUUUACAUUGACUUAACAUUGAAAUCAUUUGCGUCAGACGCUCUAUUCACGUUUGGUGUUAACGCAGCAUAAUACUGUAAAAAGUGAAAGUUGGAAAAACUUUUUUCUACUUAAAGGUGUAUUGUGUAACUUCCUGUAAUCACGUCACUACUAGAGCGAGCUCCUGAUUGGUUAACACAGCACAAUUUUCCGCCAAAGUUCAGAUUUUUCAACUUGCGUGUUUCCCGCGGCAAAGUUCAAUUCGCGUCAGCCGCGCUAAAUGCCUAAUUCGAGUCGCGAGUCCUACAUGUGUUAACGCGCCUUUACAUUGACUUAACAUUGAAAUCAUUUGCGUCAGACGCUCUAUUCGAGUUUGGUGUGAACGCAGCAUAAUACUGUAAAAAGUGAAAGUUGGAAUAACUGAAAAUUACUUAUUUUUUUUACUUAAAGGUGCAUUGUGUAACUUUUAGGAGGAUCUCUUCACAGAAAUGCAUUUGAAACUAUAUUAUCAGUGGUGUAUAAAGACCUUAAAUAAUGAACUAUAUUGUUUUUAUUACCUUCGAUUGAGCCGUUUUUAUCUCCAUACACCGCGGGUCUCUUUACUUGGAAGUGGCUGUCAUGUUUCUACAGUAGCUAAACGGACAAACUGCUCUACAGAGUAUCGUCGUCGUCGAGUAAAGAGUAAAGUCUCAUAUCGUCGCUAUUGUCACUAUCUAUGCGUUUUGAAAGGGAAGGGUUGAGCUGUGGACUUGAGCCGUUGGUUGCAUUUUGCAAUCUCCCCAUAAGAUGGCGCUUAAAUCUACGCACAGCAUUUUUAAAGUUGGCAAAACUUAAAUUACCUCAACUAGUAAUACAUCAAUAAAUUAAGUGUAUCCAACUUUAGCUUUUUACAUUUUUUAAUAUUAGCAAAACAUAGCAAAAAUAGUUUAACUAUUUAUAAAAAAUACAUGACAGAAUUUGUUUGUAAGGUAAAAUAUUUUAAGUGUUUUAAUAACAUCUGUGUCACCAGCUGGAGCUAGUGCUGGGCUGUGGAUCUGACACCUCACGCUACUUUGAAUAAAUCUUUAUGGCACGCCGUAUUGUUGUUAUGUGGAACACGACAUUACAUUACAAAGUGAAUGAUGUGGUCAUUUUACUGGCUGUAAAAACUAGCUUUAGUGUCUUAUCUCAUUCUCUCAGAUAAUUUAAGAAACAGAAAGAUUUAUCAGCCAAUUAAAAAAUGUAUCAGCUGAAAUUUGCAUUUAUUUUUAUUAUCCUCCAAUGCGGAAUUUCAAAUUUCGGCUGAUAUAUCGGCCACCAAAAUGUGUCACUAUUUGUAAGUAGCAUUUUAAGGUAUCAUAGGCUCAGAAAACCUGACGGCUGCCUCCUAAAAUAUCUUAAAUUAUAAAUUAAAUAGUGCAUUCACACAUAAGGCAAUCCCAGAAUGCAUUGCCACCUCAUAAGUGAAGCAAAUCCAUGAUGAUGGAUAAAAUUGGAGAUGGUCGAUUUUGUAUGUAAUUAAUUAAUUUAUUCUGGAAAAAAUAUGGUUUGUUAAUAUAAUAUAGCUAAAUUUUAUUUAGCAUAUGUGUGCUGUGUAUUUGUAUGAUUAUUUUGAGUAUUGCAUUGUUAGCAUUUUAACAUGCGAUACAUUGAAAUCAGUUGAUGGAGUCUCAUGCAUUUCAAAAGCAUGCGGUGUGCCCAUGUAGGCAGUGGACACCAAGACAGCUCACUAGAUGUUACAACAGAGACAUUUUUUAAGCAAGGUAGCUACUUUCUCUGCAUAGACCUCACGUAUACUGUAGUAAAUAUAGUCACGGGGUAAAUUUCAAUCUUUGUAUUUAAAAAAAGUUUUGCUUUUUGGACACGUAAUAAAUUGAAUGUAUCAUAGAUAAGCUGCUAUGUAUUGAUUGUCACUUCAAAUAGCUGUGAAAUUGGAUUGGUUCAUAUCUGCAUUGGUUCAUUUGUAUGGGUCUCUCUCUCUCUCUCUUUAAUAUCCUAUACUAGAAGUGGCUUUUGAUUUGGAGUAAUUCUUCGCUUCCAUGUUUGGAGUGUCGUUGUAACUGCUGUAUUGCUACUAAUGGACAUUGAGAUUUUCAUUUGAAAUCAGUAUUGUAUCUUCAUUAACCUUUUUGGCUCAUCACUGCAUAUUAAUGGAUGUAUCAGUGUAACUUCAUUUUUGUAUGUUUACCUGUUUAUCUGUGUUUUUGACUUGUAAUAGCUUGCAAAAUUGAUUUGACUUCAUCAAUAUAAAUGGCUGUUAUUGAGAAAACCACCACUGCUGUGUUUUGGUGAUACAGAUGAUGAAGAAAACAUUUACAGUAUCAGUAUUUAUUGAUAUGACAAUUGAUCCCAUUGCCCAAAGCCACUGAGCACUUACGCUCGGUAACCAUAAGGCUGUGUUUUGACAUGACCGUAUGUCCUUUUAAUCUGUUACAAUGAUGUCAGCUGGUAUUUUCUGUUAAUGUGUUAAGUUCAUUGUAUUUGUGAACAGUGUGAACAACGCUGUGUGUGCCUUGACUCGGAUAUUGGUAAUAAAAACUCACUUUGCAAGUUUGGUUAGCCUGGUUUUGACUGGCAGGGUCACAUUUGAUGGCAUUUCUUGACAUUCACUUUCCUAAAGUAAAGAAUGUAAUUUGUUGUACCUUGAAAAAAAAGUUGUAAAAUGUCUUGAUUGCAAUUUAACAAGAAGUUUUGAUCCCUGUGAAAUGACAUUCACCAGCAUUUUACCUGAAUACCACAUCACAAUUUGAAUAUUUAUUGUAUCUUCAUAUUUCAAUGAAUUGGAUCAUAUCUGUUGAACUUAUUGUUAACUUCAUUCAAUAAACUAAUGCCAUCACAACAUUAAAUGAAUGUUAAUGGCACGUUUAAUGCUUUAUUAUUAUUAUUAUUGCUUUAUCAUGGGAAAUGUUUAAUCUGCACUAAUCUAAAUUUUUAUAAUUACGGCGUCCUGUUAUGUUUUUAAUUGACAUUGCUCUACUCAUAGAUAACUCCAUGGUUUAACAAUAUAUAUUUCACCAUGUCUCAAUGUUAUUUCACUGCAAGUUUCAUGUUUGUUUAAUUUGGUGUUGUUAUUAACUGUUUUGAUGCAUGUACUCUUAUGUGACUGUUUAACGUUUUGUUUGAUUUGCUUGAUUUACGCAUUUGUUUUGAUUGACGCUACACUAGUUUGUCACAUAGCACUUGCACUGUGUACUAUUUAACAGUAUGAGGACUGGGAACAUGUAACCCUUUGGAUAUAAUGUCUUCACAGAGUGUAAAUGGUGUUUCCUCUCUAGUUCUCAGUGAAUAAAGAUGUGACCAAGCCUUCUCUACUUAGUCACAUUAAACACAAUUUA